AUCUGCCGGGAUACAGAAUCUGAUACUACACCUGCACUGUCAGUCAUUUCUACAGCAGCAGUAUCUGCAGGGUCUGGUGUUAGAGAGAACAUGGCCAUACCUCCCACAUACGCAGAUUUAGGAAAAGCUGCCCGAGAUGUAUUUAACAAAGGCUAUGGUUUUGGCUUCAUAAAGCUUGAUCUAAAAACAAAAUCUGAAAAUGGAUUGGAAUUUACAAGCUCUGGAUCAGCAAAUAGUGAGACCAGCAAAGUAUCAGGCAGCCUGGAAACCAAAUACAAAUGGUCAGAAUAUGGUCUAACGUUUACAGAAAAGUGGAACACAGAUAAUACGUUAGGGACUGAAAUCACUGUAGAAGAUCAGCUUGCACACGGACUGAAGUUGACCUUUGACUCUUCAUUCUCUCCUAACACUGGAAAGAAGAAUGCAAAAAUUAAGACUGCUUACAAGCGGGAACACCUUAACCUGGGCUGUGAUAUGGAUUUUGAUAUUGCUGGCCCUUCAGUACGUGGAGCAGUAGUGUUUGGCUAUGAGGGCUGGUUAGCUGGCUAUCAAAUGACUUUUGAAUCUGCAAAAUCCAGAGUUUCCCAAAGUAACUUUGCAGUUGGCUACAAAACAGAUGAAUUCCAGCUGCACACAAAUGUAAAUGAUGGUACAGAGUUUGGAGGCUCAGUAUAUCAGAAAGUAAAUGAUAAGUUGGAAACUUCCAUCAACUUGGCAUGGACAGCAGGAAAUAGCAAUACCCGUUUUGGUAUAGCAGCAAAAUAUCAGAUUGACUCUGAUGCUUCUUUCUCUGCUAAGGUAAACAACUCAAGUCUGAUUGGAUUAGGAUAUACUCAAACUCUGAAGCCAGGUAUCAAAUUCACACUAUCAACACUGCUUGACGGAAAGAACAUCAACGCUGGAGCUCACAAACUGGGUCUAGGACUUGAAUUUGAAGCAUAAGAAAUCUCUCACAUGUUCAAGGUCCUGAUGUUCUACAGCAUAGAUACCCUAAAAAUCUAGUGUACUUUUUUAAUGUUCUACGUCUGGGAUGCAAACAACCCUUUGUGUCAACCACAACCAAUUCCCUGGCAGAAGAACUACAAAACAUUGAGUGUUAUUGUUGGCAAGGCAGAGAGUAUAGGAAAUCUAAGGGAACAGUUUUUGCUAUUCCAGUCUAACAUUGGAAUAUUUCAUAGCUGCUCAUUUGUACCAUGCUUUCCUAGAUAAGGUAUUUAUUGAUGACCUUUUUUUAGAAUCACUAUUGAUAACUAAAGCACUAUUAAAUGGGUUUUUAAGUUAACACCUUAUUUGCAGGGUAUGCCACAAAAAAUGUCUACACUGUAUUUUCAUACUAACUGGAUGACAAAUGUGUCUCACUUUUAUGUUAAUAACAGCAUAAACAUUAUCUGCAGAAAAAAAAUGGACUUCUAGACAGAUAUUCCAUAAACUGUUAAAGUCUUAUCCGAUGGUUUGCCAUCGCUAAUGUCUGUGUGCUGUUUUAAGGUUUUAUCAUGCCAUGUCCACGCGAAAAGAAUGAACCAGUAAUAGAACGUGUUGUGGUUCCCUUCCCUAAAACAGUACAGGAAAGCUUGAAUGACAGAGCCAUAUUCAAAGGAAGAGCAUUGUUCCUCAAAUUCACACAAUGGCAUCUCCUGGAAAAAAAAUCAAGAGACUUUGUUUGUUUUUGUUUUAUUUAAUUGUUCUCCAUUUUUACAUUUUUAGCAAUGUGUCAGGUCCAUGUAGCGUCUUCCAUUUUGUGAAACUAUAGAGUCCCCUGUAUGCUGUAUGCAACAUCGCCAGAAAAACCUGAAUAAAAUAAAGUAUUUAACCUA